GGAUUUGGAAUGUUUAAAAUAGCGAGUCAACACCCUUAUAUUUUACUACAGCGAUAAAGAAGAGCUUUUUUUGAUGUUUAUCCAUAUAUAGUUCAAUAUUGCUGUUACGUUGUAAUGUAAUUGACAGAAAAUUUGAAGUAAUUGUAACUUAUUUAAAGUCUGAAUUCCACCCAUGAGUUAAGCUUUUAUAUAGGAGGGAUAUAUUUGAAAUAUAAUAAAUUUGCAAUAUAAUGCUCCGUCGCCAAGCCUCCAUAAGGCUCUCGGGAUGUAAAAGCUCUUGUAUUGAAACUUAGCUUCUAUUGCAUCUUUGCACAAUAAAAAGAAUUAACCGUUUGAUGAGUUAUUUUUUUGUUUAAUUGGGGCCUUAAUAAAGAUUUAUAUUUUGCAUCUGGCCCCAUGAUUAGCUACGCCACUGGUUUAUGUACUAUGUCGUUGAAAUGAAAUAACUAAACUAAAAAUAAAGUUGUAGACUUAAAUCUUGUACAUUUAUACUAAAACACAAUUAAUUUGCAGAUAAAAUUAGAUCCGGAAAAGAAUACAGAAUUUUUAAACAAAACCUAACCUAAAAUGCCAAUGUCAUCUUGUUAGUUGCAGUUUGUAAACAAUUAUUUUUAAAUUAAACAUUAGUUCUAUAAUGAAACUUAAUAUUUAUUGUUUAAUAAUGAAAAUUAUAAUUUUCAAUUGUAUAGUUUAUGUUGAUGCCAGUGAAUAUAAAAUAUGGGGACCAGGUUUAAAACCAGAGAUCGUUAUGCCCGCACGUUAUUUUUUUAUUGAAAGUAUUCCUAACUGUGACACAAAUUUGCUUGAAUUAAUUGAUUUGGAUAUUAAAAUAGAAGGAAGUAAAAUUGACUCAAAUAAGCCGUGUAGAAUAUGGACUAACAUUUUAAAUCGUAAUGAUGGAUCAUAUAUAGUUCGUUAUAAAUUAUAUGAACCUUGUAUUAACGUCAAAAUAGAUAUCAAAGUCAGAGGAGAAAAUAUAAAAGGAUUUCCACUUACUUUUAAAUACAUUAUGUUUUCUGAGGAUUGCAAUUGCAAUAUUCAUAAUGUUUCAUCAUUUAUUAAUAAUUGGGAAUGUGGUGAGACUCAAACCCAAAUAAAAGAAGACUUACAUCUCUUUAAAGGUAUUGAUUUUGGCAAAAUAAGAAAAAGGAUAGUAUCAACAUAUGAUAAUCCAGGGGCUGUAAGCUUAUGUAAUUAUGUAAUUAAAAAUAAUUUGAUUUAUAGAAAAUGUUAUGGUCAACAUGUUGGAUUUAAAAUGUUUAUGGACAAUAUUCUUUUAUCGCUAACUAGGAAGGUAUUAUUGCCUGAUUUUGAAAUGUUUGUAAAUCUUGGAGACUGGCCAUUAGUAAAGGAUACCAAUGAAAUAUUUCCAAUAUUUUCAUGGUGUGGAAGUAAAGAUAGUUUUGAUAUUGUAAUGCCAACUUAUGAUAUAACAGAAAGUACUCUUGAAAGUAUGGGAAGGGUGAUGUUAGAUAUGUUGUCAGUGCAAGGUAAUGUUAGAGAUAAGUGGGAAAAUCGACAUCCCAAAAUAUUUUGGCGUGGGCGAGAUUCUAGCAGAGAACGAUUAAAAUUAAUCGAAAUCAGUAGGCAGUAUCCAGAUUUGUUUAAUGUUUCACUUACCAAUUUUUUCUUUUUUCGAAAUGAAAUGGAAAAGUAUGGGCCAACUUCCAAACAUGUGUCUUUUUACGAUUUUUUUGAUUAUAAAUAUCAAAUAAACUUGGAUGGAACAGUAGCUGCAUACCGUUUUCCAUAUCUUUUAGCCGGAGGCUCCUUAGUUUUCAAACAAGAUUCAAAGUAUUACGAAUUCUUUUAUAACAAUCUUAAAUCAAACAUGCAUUAUAUUCCAAUUAAACAAGACCUCUCAGAUUUAAUAGAAAAAAUAAAAUGGGCUGUCGAAAACGACGAAGAAGCCAAAACAAUAGGUAUGCAUGGACGUGAUUUUGCCAACGAUAACUUAUUACCAAAAAAUAUAUUCUGCUAUCACGUUCAGCUAUUUAAUGAGUACAGUAAAAAAGUUACUAGUACUGUAGAAAUUGUAGAAGGCAUGGAAAUGGUGAAAUCUUCAAGAAGGGAAAAAUGUAAUUGCAAUUACAACAUGAAGGAUGAACUAUAAACUUCAUAAGAAUACAUAUUAGUCUAUUUGAAUUAACAAAUUAAGUAAACUAUCGAUAGGGUCCAUUUAAUGAAAAAUGUUGAAUGAAUGGAAACUUAAAAUAUUUUAACAAUUAUUUUAUUGUGCUCAACAAUAUUGUUUCGACUUACAUUUUCAAGAAUAAGCAAGUACUAACAUUAAAGGUGUAAAUGUGUAUUUACAUAUAUGUACUUAAUGGGUGUAUAAAGUAGUAACAAGUGUGUUAUUCAUGUCUAAUUCUACUUGGUUAUUAGUCACAUUUUUCUUUGAAGCUAUAUCCUUCUUAAUUUCUAAGUUUUCUAAGAGUUUUCAUUUUCUACUUUUUAAUUCUUAAUUAAUAGCUAUUAAAUACACAAUGUUCAGCCAUUCCAGUAUUUGAAAUUUUAUUUUUUAAACAACAUAUAAAUGUUCUUUCUAUCUUGUCCUAGUUGAGUGCUAACUUUGACCUAUGUAGUUGCAUCUAUAAUUCACAGAAUAAACAUUUUUUGUAACGAG